GCCCCUAGAGGAAGUGACACGUCAGUGCAGUGCAUGCUGGUUUGCUAACAGUAAGGCCAGUCAGCCGGAGAAAGCGACCGGGAAAAGGAGGAGCUGCUACAGCAUGACAGCCGCGCCAGAGUGAACUCUUGUGCCCGUGGCGAGAGACUUUUGAUGCCUUCACAGCAGGAUUUCAACAAUGGAUUAUUUCCAAGUUUGCACUUUUCUUUUUAUGCUAAUAUUAUCUAAAAGCAUCACAGCUGAGAAGCAAAACCCAGAUUCAGGAUUAGAAAUCUAUAAGAAGCUGUUUGAAGUGAAGCGCAAAGACCAGAUGAAUGCGCUGAAGAACCUCAUAGAACUCAACGAUGUUAACCAGCAAUACAAGAUCAUAGACAUCAUGCUCAAGGGUCUAUUUAAAGUACUUGAAGACUCGCGGGCAAUACUUAUUGCAGCAGAUGUCCCGCCAGAUGGGCCAUUCCCUCAGGACGAGAAGCUGAAGGAUGCGUAUUCCCAUGUGGCAGAGAACACUGCUUUCUUUGGUGAUGUAGUCCUGCGCUUUCCCAAGAUAGUACACCAUUACUUUGACCGCAACUCCAACUGGAACAACCUGAUCCGCUGGGGAAUUGGCUUUUGCAACCAGACAGGUGUAUUUGAUCAAGGUUCCCAUUCGCAAGUACUAGGACUGAUGGCUCAGGAACUGGGAAUUAGUGAGAAGUCUCCAGACUACCGGAAUCCCUUUAAAACAGACCAUUCUGAAUUUUUCCCCAGUGCAGACACAUUCCAGAAGGCUCUCAGGGAGGAAGAGAAGCGAAGGAAAAAAGAAGAGAAACGGAAGGAGAUACGCAAGGGGCCACGUAUCUCACGCUCACAGUCUGAGCUAUAAUGCUGCUUGCCUGCCUUUGUCGCUGUGACCUGUUGUGGCAGGAGCCAGAGUAGCUGGAAAAGGAACCUCCCAGCCCUUUUGUGACCUCAGGAAGAUGCCAAGAAAGUUGAUUAUUUUGUUUGUCAGGUUUUGGAGGUUUCUUCUUUUAACAGCUGUUUUGGCAACUGCAGAAUUUAACCCCACAACAUGGCUAGAUGGAGAUGGUGGUCUUUGAGCACAUACUUCCUUGAUGGAAGUUUUCCUAAUGACUGGAAUGUAUAGGUUGAUCAGAGACCAUUCUCAGUGUCUCUGUGUAUCUUUGUUCCCUGCGGCUUUACCAGUUUGUAUUGCUAAGAAUGCUUUGGGGGAGGGGUAUAGGGGGCAAGGAAUUUAUUUUUAUGGUACAUGCCAUUUCUGCAGUUCAUAACACAGAAUGUUGUGUAUUGUGCAGUUGAGAGGGCAAUGUGACUUGUGUAUCUAUACCAGAUGUUUCCUUGGGUAGCAGAAUUACCAGAGGGAGUUAAGAAUUCUGUUAGAAAUGCACAUUCUUUGGGAAUUCUUAUUUACCGGUAUUCUAUUAAACUCUCAUCCUUUUGAAUGUAAGGAAUGUAACAGAGAAACAUUAGAGAGGUGCUGUUUUUUUUAGGGUCUGUCUUCAGACUCCUCCUGGUUCUAAGUCUUUUAAUUUUCAAAGCCUUCCUUCAUCAAUGACAUCUCCUUCCCACAAGACUAUUAAACCAUAAACCUGGAAAUGAAAAAAGUUACUUUAUCUUGAGAAUGUGGCCAUCCUGCUCUUGUUCAAGGGAAUGAAACCCUGCAAUUAAGUACUUUUAGCUUAUGGGUCUACAUGAGCCAGUGCUGCUGGUAUUGGGUGUCAACACAGCUGCUGAUACUCACAGCUUUGUAAUAAACAGUGUUAUGAUUACUAUGCAAUGGAAAAACCAUUGUGAAGACUAUGGAGAUAAUGAUUUCAUUCACCUUCCUUAUAGCAAAGCGAAACUUGUUGUCUCUGUGAGACACAAAGCAAAUUGGAAAGCUAUUUUAAAUUACUAAAUCGGCUAUUUUAAAUUACUAAAUUUCUUCAGUUCAGUGGUUAAAAAUGGAGGCUGCUGUCUUUUGACUGCUUGUUUGUUGCUUCUUACUAAUUCCCUUCUGGUUUUGGUAGUUUUGAUAAGAUGGUGGUGGUCAUUGUUUUGAGAUGUCUACAUGAAGGCCCAUUUUCAGCUUUUCUCCUCCUCCAGUGCUAAAAACCUUGCCACAAUAGUAUCUUCAUCACAAGAUCAGUGAAAAAAUUGGUGGUAAUCUCUUUUUCUAGUCUACUGCCUUAUUGCUCCACAGGAACAAGCUGCCUUUCUCCCCUUGAGCAUUCCAUGGAGGCUUGUACCUGGAGUCAAGAUUGUUUUGUUUCAGGUUCCAGUUUUAUUGUUGGUUUUAUAGUACAGGUCAGCUGGCCUUGUAAGGUUUCAUGGUCAAUGUUCUCUGUCCAAACCAGAUUUUUGUCACUGGUGAAUCAAGUUAUGGCUUCACAUCCAGGCAAAGAGUGGGCGUUCAGCACAAAACUACUAAAUGUGGUUUGGCACAAAAAAUAGUUUUUGUUCAGGACUGGGAUUGAUUCACACCAGCAGGUCUUGCUCUGUCUCUGAAUAGCUCGAUGGAAAGCUGUACUCCACCUAGUGUUGAUGUCCUCUGGAUAUCAUGAGAAGCACUAGAACUUGGCAUGCUAAUUGCAUUGAUUAAAUAUGGUUUUGGGGGAUGUUUUCAAUCCUUGUCUAAAUUGGAGAGUUCUGCGAUGUAGCUUGUUCUUGCAGAUUACUUUGUAUGGAAGAGGAGAGUUUAUUUCCAAGGGACAUUGUAGUAUGAUUUGCUGCCUCCAGGCUGGCUUACAAUGCUAGGAAAGAGGAAGACGCCUAUUUUCUAACCAGAGAGCCAGUUAUGCUUGAUUUGUUCUUGGACAUGUACUUCCAAUGGAAUUGGACUCUGCUUUUCUUGAAUAAAACUGAAAUUUGAAAUAA